AUGCCUCGUCGCCAUCGCAAACUACACUGGCUAACGCUACGUGAAGAAGGUGAAGAGAAAAUUCGUGAUUUUUUGCCUCCCAAGCCUGUAGCUCCAGCGGGGUGGAAUCUCAAACACAAAGUAGGUAGCAAUCGGUUCGAUCUGCACAAAACGGUAGAAAUCCGGGAUUGUGGCAAAGAGGAUUUACAUGUUGUGGCUUUAAUGGAGAUUAAGGAAUACGAAGGGACAUAUCGUAUGGACAACGGCGAACGUGAGGAACAAGAAUACCUGUUCUUUACAUUGUUUCUUCAGAAACAUCGAUCUCAAGGGGCGUUGGAAUUUGGUUUGACAUCUAUAGACAUGGAGUUGGUGAUGGAUUCGCUAGCAAUUCACGGUAACGAGGAAGAAUUGGAGGAUUCUCGUGGUGCGCUUUCACAGACAAAAGCUUCAGUAGAUCUAUUUAAUAAAAACAGAAGCAGUCUUGGCUAUAGACGUCGUAGAGAUGGGCGUUAUCGUGGACCGAUGUUAAGCGAGUUGGACGAUGACUUCUCUGACGAAAUUCUGGAUUACCUCGAUGAGCGGGGUGUAAAUAACGGAUUUGCAGAGUACAUGAUGUCGCAAGCACAUUACUUCGAGCAAGAAGAGUAUCUUAAUUGGUUGCGACUUUUGCGACAAUUUGCCCAGUAG